AUGAUGGAUAGAGAUAGUCAAGCAGUCUUCCGGGCGUCCAUUGAAGAUGCGCUCAACCGCCGCUUCCAAGAUCUCGAAGAGGCCACCAAGUCCGCCACAGUCAACGGCUUCUCGCCGACUGACUUGAAUAAACUCGCCUAUGAGGACAUGCUCUACCUACGUGGUCUUCUGUCGCAAUACAAAUGCCGUCUUAAUCGCGUUCGCUCCCCACUUGUGCGGCUGCCGCCGGAGAUUUUCCCCUCGAUUCUCGCCCCCGCUGUAUCCGGAGUGUACGGAGAUCUAUUCAUUUGGUUGAAGUAUGGACAUGUCUGUCAUGACAUACGGGUGGCCCUUCUGGGCAUGCGCGAUUUGUGGGCCGAGGUUGUUUUCCAUCGGCCAUACAUACAUGUCCACGACGAGCUACUGCGGCGAGCGGGAUCCUCUCCUCUCACUAUCUGGUUUUACCUCAAUUCGCCUACGCACAUCAUUAAUAGCGCAAUGGCACUUCUUGUGAGGGCACGCAGGAUAGUGGUGUGCCGUGCAGGCCUAGAUAUCAUGCGCCCUCUCAUCAGUUCGCUGGGCCAAGGGUCAUUUGAACUUCUAGACACUCUUGAAAUCAACCCCUCUGGAUUGCAUGAAUCCCCGAUAGGAGCCUUCUCAAAUCAAGAUGAACUGGUGAUACCCGCUGUACGGACACUGGCCCUUUACGGGGUCUAUCUGCCGUUCGAUCCAUCAAAACUCACGACUUUAUCACUCUCCAAGAAGCUUGGAGCCCCGCCGCUUCUGGAUGCCCUCUCGGUUGUUAUAAUGCUACGCCGCUGCAUGCUUCUAGAGAAACUAUCCCUCUCCGAAUGGAUUCCGGAUUGCAACAUCCUGAGCACCCUACCCGAGAAUGACGCGAUCAUAAGGCUUCCUCGAUUAUCGCAGCUUUGUAUCAGCCAGGAUGAGGCUCGCGUAUUACAAUUUUGGUCGUUCUUGGAGAGUGGCCGUGCACUGCGAGCAUUCAUCGCACAUACUCUCGCGAACGGUAUUCCCAGCAUAUCACGACUCUCUGUCGAGUUCCUCGAGUUUGAAGGGGUACUCCAGCUAAGCGUCGGAUACCCUUCACCCUCUACAUCAGGAGACUCACCUUGGCGUGCUCAUCAGUCAUAUGCUUUGAGAUUUAGCACCCCGUCGGACGAGUUAACGCCGAGUAUGUUCAUAGGUUUCAUAGAGUGCAUAUGCACCAGCCUUCAGCUCCGCGUUGAUGCUAUCGACACCGUGCACUACCGUUUUGGCGAAGAGCAAACCUUAUUCGACGAGCGUGAUGACAACAAACACUAUCUCUUCACCAUAUUUCCCGCCAUCACUACUCUCCGACUGAGCUCUCCGAGAAUCGACAUCAACUUCUUCCUAAAAUCCAUGUCAUCAGGACAUGUCGGUUUCUUCCCCAGACUGCAGAACUUGCACCUCAAACGCAACACCCCUUUCUCUUUCGAAUAUCUCGAAGAACUUGUCGAGGCCAUUCGCACUCGUACCGUUGACGGCAGUGCCCCUUUGAAUUCCCUCACUCUUGAAGGCAGUGAGGCGCAGCUCAGCAAAGUAGUAGAAUACGCUUCACCCCUCACAUCCCUCGUAACGGACGUCUGGCUGAAGACCACGUAUCGCUCUAUGCAGCACACUGCCCUGAGGUUGGCUUAG